GGCCCUUUGGGGCUGGGGGUAGUUUCAGAUUUGUAGGCAUAAAGCGAAGGAGAGGGAGCCCUGUUCCUGCCCACCUCCAGCCUCGCCCGUGGGCACAGCAAAUUUUAUCCGGUCAACCGUUGAUGCACUGCUUGGCGAUCGAAAGUGUCCCGGGCGGGGGGAUAUGGAGCGGAUUCCUCCGGCCUCGUCAUGGCCGAAUAAAUGCAUUUAACCUAUUCAUAUCCCGUUUUCUUUGAUGGGUCUCAAGGCAGCUAAUAAGGCUUUCCAGAGGCAGCUGCUGAGCAGUCCCAGACCUACUUAGAUUCGACACGGUGGCUGCAUCGUGAGCCUUCCUACCUUGUCCCGAGAUAUGGAGACUAACUUCUCUGGCAAUUCCACAAUGGAGGCAAACAGCCGAAGGAUAAGCCACUCAGGGGUCUAACCCCUGUCUUGCUUCGCCUCCACCGCUUUUGAUUAUAGGGUUGUUGAAUCUUGGAAGAGCAGACCAGUAGAUUGCUUGCUUGAGGGAGCUAUUAUUAUCUUGUUUAUUUAAUAAAUACUGUUUUGUAUAUGACUGAAUACAUACAGAAAUGUUAUGAAACAUAAAUUAAUUGGGUUUGUGUUCAGAAAUACCAUCCCUGCUCUGCUUCUCAAUGAGUCCAGCAUCCCAGUAAUUUUUAGGCACACCUGUCUGCAGAAAGCCCUACUGGGGUCAGUGAGACAUUGUUUUCCCCAGAAUAGCACAGCCCGAGAUGUUAUCAGUGGCUGUUUCCAGGUUCACUUCUCCAUGGUGAUCUGGAACUCUUUCUUUUCCUUUCUGACAUGGAUGGGAAGAGGAAUCUGUAGGAUGGUCCUGUAUUUAUCUUUUCCUGUUGCCAUGUUCUGGAUUUCAAAUCAAGCAGAGUAUUUUGAAGAAUAUGUAAUCAAACGAAAGAGAGAGAUCUAUCCACCUGAAGAUGAGUUCCAGAGAAAGGAGCUGGAAGCCUUCAAAGAACGAAUAAGGAAGAAGCAGGAGGAGCAGUUGUUGCUACAGAGGGCUAAGGAAUAAUAGUGUGGCAUCCCCUUCUCCCCGCUGUGUUCUUGUGGGGGAGAAGAUGCACUCCUCAAAAGCUGCCACAGCAUCAUGCUUCUGUUUCAGCCUUUCUGUUGUCAAAUGUUCCUCCAAAAGACCUUGUGGACAAUGAGAUGAAAGUAACUGCAACACAGUUCCACUGUGCCUGGUAAGGCCCUGCAGCCUUUCCUCGGCCGAGGCAAGAAUAAGACAAGAAUGGCUGUUGGCCUUUUUCUUCUUGGGGCUGCUCUUCUGCCGCUUGCAGUCAUUUAAAGUCCUUGAUUCAGCUGAAGAAAACUGGCUCGCAUGAAAUCACUUCCAAUAAAUCUAGUGUGGUGUACAACCA